CGCAGCCGCGCCGGGACGGACAUGGCGCCGCAAAAGGACAGAAAGUCGAAAAAGGCCACGUGGAAGUUCUGCCUGGACUUGACCCAUCCCGUCGAAGAUGGCAUCUUUGACUCCGGGAAUUUCGAGCAGUUCCUAAAGGAGAAGGUUAAGGUCAACGGGAAAACCGGCAACUUGGGGAACACUGUUCACAUUGAACGCCUCAAGAACAAGAUCACGGUGACGUCCGAGAAGCAGUUUUCUAAAAGGUACCUAAAAUACCUCACAAAGAAGUAUCUCAAGAAGAACAAUCUUCGUGACUGGCUUCGUGUGGUGGCCUCUGACAAGGAGACGUACGAACUGCGCUACUUCCAGAUCAGUCAGGACGAGGAAGGAUCGGAGUCUGAGGAAUAAAUGAAGCCUCGCUUUAUGCUCAAUACAGUGUACAAAAGACUACAACAUCUAUUUAUGAGAACACUUUAACUUAUUGGCUAAUAAAGAUUUUGUACUCUGUUUGA